AUGAAUUUGUUCCAUUUUCUCUUCCUACCUCUUCUUCUUCUUGUCUCCCUUUUCUGUUAUAUCAGUGUUUCUUUGGCGCAAAAUUGUAACAGUCAAAUUUCACGUACUAUUAUAGUUGAUCAAUCUGGGAAGUCAAAAUUUAAAACCGUUCAAUCUGCAAUUGAUUCAAUACCUGAAAAUAACAACCAAUGGGUGAAAAUUCACAUCAAUGCUGGAACCUACAAAGAGAAGGUUCAUAUUCCGUGUCAGAAGCCAUGCAUUUUUCUGGAAGGGGAAGACAUAGACGUUACUACUAUUACAUACAAUGAUCACCAAUCAACUGAUCAAAGUGCCACAUUUUCUUCUUCUCCAGACAAUGUCGUUGCAAGUAAGAUUACAUUUAAGAACUCGUUCGAUGUGGGGAAAAUGUUGAGUUUGAAAGAAAUAAAGGAUGGAAAUUAUGCUGUGCCAGCAUUAUCAGCAAGAAUAUAUGGAGACAAAUCUGGGUUUUAUGAUUGUAGGUUUGUGGGAUAUCAAGAUACAUUAUGGGAUGUGGAAGGUCGUCAUUAUUUCAAAAAUUGCAUUAUCGAAGGUGCUGUAGAUUUUAUAUUUGGUAGUGGUCAGUCUUAUUUCGAGGAUUGUGUGAUCAAUGCAACAUCUUCAGGCUUCAUAACAGCCCAAAGGCGUGAAUCAGAUCAUGACCCAAAUGGUUUUGUGUUUAAAGGGGGUUCUGUAGUUGGCUCCAACCCUGCUUCAUCUUUUUUGGGACGAGCCUAUGGUCCCUAUUCUCGAGUUAUCUUUUAUGAAACUAAUUUAGGUUCUGUGGUUCAUCCUAAAGGUUGGCAUUCUUGGCAUUUUGCAACUCACGAGAAUAAAUUCACGUAUGCCGAAGUUAACUGUAAGGGAGCAGGGGCAAAUUUGUCCAAGCGUGUCCCUUGGGAGAAGAAAUUGGGUGCUACACAGCUAAACCAAUUUUCAAGAUCAUCCUUCGUAGACCAUGAUAAUUGGAUUUUACAGCAGCAAGCUUCUUUGACCAUAGCUGAAAGAUGACGUACAC